CGCGUCGUCGUCGUCGCCUCUGGGAACGGCUCUGGCCUGCCCUCCCUCGCCCCCCACGCCCGUUUUUUCAUUUUUCAUCCUCAUCUCGGUCGCUGGCACCCACAUUCUCCACUCGACUCUCCUCUGAUCUGUCUCCCGGCUCAAGCCCUCAUCGCACCAUGAUCUACAAGGACAUUCUCGCCACGAUCGGACGCACCCCCAUCGUCCGCAUCAACCGUCUCGCCCCCGAGGGCGUCAACGUGUUCGUCAAGGUCGAGUCCUUCAACCCCAUGGCCUCCGUCAAGGAUCGUCUGGCUCUCGGUAUCAUCGACGACGCCGAACGAAAGGGCCUGCUGAAGCCGGGCAUGACCGUCGUCGAAGCCACCUCGGGCAACACCGGCAUCGCCCUCGCCAUGGUCUGCGCUGCCAAGGGCUAUCCCUUUGUCGCCACCAUGGUCGAGACCUUCUCGGUCGAGCGCAGAAAGCUGAUGAAGUUCCUCGGCGCCAAGGUCGUCCUGACUCCCAAGGAGCUCCGCGGUACCGGCAUGGUCCAGAAGGCCGAGGAGCUCGCCAAGAAGAACGGCUGGUUCCUUACCCGCCAGUUUGCCAACCCUGCCAACCCCGCCUUCCACCGCCAAACCACCGCUUCCGAGAUCCUCUCUGACUUUGCUGGCGACCGUCUCGACUACUUUGUUAGCGGCUGGGGCACUGGCGGCACCAUGACUGGUGUCUCGUCGAUGCUCCGUCUCGCCCGCCCCGACGUCAAGGUCAUCACUUGUGAGCCUGCUGGUGCCUCUCUCCUCGCCGGAAAGCCCUUCACUCCCCACAUGAUCCAGGGUUGGACUCCGGACUUUAUUCCCGAGGUUCUCGACCGCAGCGCAUAUGACGAGGUUCUGCCCGUCAACGAUGCCGAUGCCAUCGCCACUUCCAAGGCCCUGGCCCGCCAGGAAGGUAUCGCCGUCGGCAUUUCGUCGGGCGCCACCUUCCACGCUGCCCUCCAGGUCGCCAAGAUCGCCCCCAAGGGCUCCAACAUCCUGGUCAUGCUCCCCGACACUGCCGAGCGCUACCUCAGCACCCCUCUCUUUGCCGACAUUACCGAGGCCAGCGACGAAGUCUAAGCUCCUCCUCCAUGCCGGUGCUGGAGAGAAACAGCAUCGCUGCCAACGCAGCAUCCGUCAAUACAGCCAAUGCGUUUUUUGUUUGAA